UUCUCUGGCGAGUAAGACACGGGCAAACCUUCCAGAUAACCAUUUAUCACCCAACGUGGGCAAGAGGAUGGCAUGCGCAGAGCUGUCGUCCAUUGUGGUUGGGAGAUUGAACGAUUGGCUGACCAAUCUGGUGGCAGCUUGUGUAGUGAAAACGACGGCUAUUGACAUGGCUGAAAGACGUUGCAGAGCAUCUCGCAACAAAGAAAGCGCAUGGUUCCUCUGUGAUGAUUGUAAUGGUGGAUGGCGAAAGGGUGCCGAUAACCCGUCAAGCACAAUCAAUUUGAGCUGGGGGAUCUUUGCUAAUAUCGAGUUGAUUGAGAGGAGAAAGCUUAGAAGGGAGGUCAGGUUCGGAAUUGACGUCGUAUGCACUCGCUCCGACAUCGAGUCGGAUGGGAGCUCAUUCGAUUCCUCCCAUAAACGAAUGAGCUUCUUGACUCUCCAGGAAGGUACG